AUGUCUGAAUGUAUAUAUAUAUGGGAUGCUAUAUCAAGAAUAGAUACUCUAUCGUUGAAACAUGGUCUUGUUCUUGAUAAGGUUCAUAGGGUGAUAGAAUUUGAACAAAGCGCAUGGUUGAAACCGUAUAUCGAUUUUAACACCGAUUUGCGUACAAAAUCAAAGAACGACUUCGAGAAAGAUUUUUUCAAGCUGAUGAAUAAUUCGGUCUUUGGUAAAACUAUGGAAAACCAACGUAUACACAAAGACAUACGCUUGGCUACCAAGAAACAACAAUAUGAGAAACUAGUGAUGAAGCCCAACUUCAAAGGCAGCAUCUGUUUCUCAGAAACACUGAUGGGUGUUGAAAUGCAGAAAAUCAAAGUCGUGUUGAACAAGCCAAUCUAUCUAGGACCUGCAAUUCUCGACUUGUCUAAGAUAGUUAUGUAUGAGUUCCACUACGACUAUAUGAGACUAAAAUAUGCUGACAAUCUAAAGCUUUGCCACAUGGACACAGAUUCAUUCGUUUAUCAUAUCAAAACCGACCACUUCUACAAAGAUAUCGCUGACGAUGUAGCUUUGAGAUUUGACAAUUCAGGAUAUGACAAGAAAGAUAACAGACCUUUACCCAUAGGUUUGAAUAAAAAGGUCAUCGGUCUAAUGAAAGAUGAGUUAGGGGGUAAGAUAAUGAGGGAGUUUGUCGAUCUUAGAGCAAAGACUUAUACGCAUAAACAGUUAGACGGAACAGAGGACAAAAAGUAUGAUGACAAAAGAAUUAUCCAUAAUGAUGGAAUAAGCACCUAUGCGCGAGGACACUAUAAGGCUACAUAA